CGGAAGGCGUGGGGGACGCCCCGGUCCCCAGCAUGGCGGCCGCCUGGCCCUCCGGGCUGGCUUCUCCGGAGACCGUGUCCGCCCAACUCUUGGGUAUCCUGUGGUUCGUGUCAUUCACCACAGGACCUUGGGGAGCUGCUGCCACCGCCGCCGCCGGGGGCGACGAGACGCUUAAGUGCGAGGACCUCAAAGUGGGACAAUAUAUUUGUAAAGAUCCAAAAAUAAAUGAUGCUACACAGGAACCAGUUAACUGUACAAACUACACAGCUUAUGUUCCAUGUUUUCCAGCACCCAACAUAACUUGCAAGGAUUUUGGUGGCAAUGAAACACAUUUUACUGGAAAUGAAGUUGGUUUUCUUAAGCCCAUAUCUUGCCGAAACGUAAAUGGCUAUUCAUACAAAGUGGCAGUUGCACUGUCUCUUUUUCUUGGAUGGUUGGGAGCAGAUCGAUUUUACCUUGGAUAUCCUGCCUUGGGUUUGUUAAAGUUUUGCACUGUAGGAUUUUGUGGAAUUGGGAGCUUAAUUGAUUUCAUUCUUAUUUCAAUGCAGAUUGUUGGACCUUCAGAUGGAAGUAGUUACAUCAUAGAUUAUUAUGGAACCAGACUUACAAGACUAAGUAUUACUAAUGAGACAUUUAGAAAAACACAGUUAUUUCCAUAAACAUUUUAAAAAAGAAACAGAUUUGGGCCUCCUUGAUUUUAAUGAGAACUCUCAGUAUGUGGAUUUCCAGAUUUUCCUUUUUCCUUCUUUACAUACCACUUUAUGGAUUCUGUAUGAUUUUUUUAUUGUUGUUGAUGUUUCUCUUUUGUUGUUUUAGUUAAAAGCAUAUUAUUCUGAGAUUUAUUUAGAAGGACUUUCUUUGAGAGCUGUAUGAUAAUAGUCUUUCUUAGGCUGCUGUCUCUAUGAGAUAGCUUAUUACCUUGAUAUUCUUUAGUGUCUUUUCCAAAGGCAAAUUGGCACUUGUCAUUUUCGCUUCUAAAAAAUAAGAAUUUGACUUAUUCACUUUUUUUAGUGCUUUAUUAAAAUCUUUUUAAAUGUUGAAUGUAGCUGUCUUCUGCGUUUUGAUCCUUCAAAGCAGUUAAUCCAUGGUGUGAACAAAUGUCAUUUAUAUUGCCUGGGGCUGCAGUCUUAUGUGUGACAACCUACCUGAUUUUCUGCAGCUUUCAGAUCUGUCUUUGCUUUGGUACCCAGGGAGCUAAAGAUCGUCAGGGAGUCUGAGACCUUGAGGCAACAUGGAUACUUCUGGCAUUGGUUCAGGUCCCUGAAGUGUGAACUUUUACCUUUUUGUUUUGGAGUGGUGCGCUAGCUUUUGAAAGAGCAGAUGUUGACUCAUUUAGCUCAAUGCAGUUAUAUUUGAAGCUGGAUGGACAAGGUGGGAACACUGAGAAGAUGAUUAAUGUCUUCCAUCUGUUAGGCCUGCCCGCAGAUGCCAGCACAAGUGCCUUAAGUGAUGCACCAGAUCUGAAGGAAGUCGCACCUGCACAUGAGCUCUGGUUUUCCUUAACAUGUUUAGAAGGGUUUUAAGAAGAUGGAACUACAUGAAAUAUAUGUCCCAUAAUACCAUCAUGCUCUUCCUUUAGUAAUAGGCAUCCCAGUUUCAAAAUUACUGGAGUCUGGGCUCCUUAAGAGUAAAGGCCAUAAUUUUUUUAUCGCUCAUUUUACUCAAAAAUAUAUAGUACAGUUAGCUUCGUAAUAUGUUAGUUAUUCAGUAACAGCUUCUCUAGUUCAUGAGAGAUUAUUAAGUAUUGAUAUGUGAAGUGAAUUUGGAUUAAUUCAUACUAUACACCAGGAAUGGCUUCUUUGAUUAAUUCAUUAAUUAAAAUAUUGAAUGUCUACCAUGUAGGAGGCACUGUUCUCUAUGCUAGGAUGCAACAGUGAAGAAAACACAGACGUCCCUGCUCUUAAAGAGUUUCUAUGUCCUUGGGAUUCACUUUUUUCACAGUGAUAGUAGUUUUGGCCAUAGUUAAGCUAGCUGGUAGUUGCCCAUUUUCUAGAAUUUCCUAGUCCCUUUUGAUUGCAGACAGUGUUUUGAAGUUUACUUCAGGAUCAUCUAAGCCCAGAUUUGAAAAUCUGUAAGUUUCCACAGCCACAUAAGUUCAAUUAUGUAAAAAAUACCUGCAAUCAAAUCUUAAAAAGUACUCUUGAUUCUUGAAUAAUUGUUAUAGGUAUUAACUUGGGAAGUCUGUUCAAAGCAGGUGCUUCUCAAAAUAUUUAUUCAAAUAAGCUGCACUCCAAAAGGGUUGUUGAUAAAAUCUAGAAUAAAGUCCCUUCACAAUACAGUCUUAAACCUUUAGACUUUAUUUUCACUAUAAUUUCCUAAGUUUACAUGACAAAACACCAGUUUUUCCAGAUUGUUUUAUUCUGUGUUGCCUAAUAUGUAAUUCUUUAACAAAUGAUUUUUCUAUCUUAUUUUUAUUCUAUUUUUAUGUGAAUGCAUUUAAUGCAUGUGAGUGCACUUUUUUAUUUACUUUCAUGGAGCACUGUUUUAUUACAGCUAUUAUUAUUAGUGUGUGUGUGUUUGUGUGUGUGUGUGUGAGCGCAAAUUAUAUGUUAAGGCCUCUGUAUGGAGAUGCUUUACAUGAUAAUCCUGCUUAUAAAGCAGUAGCAAAAAUUGUGAGAUGGAUUAGUUCAGUCAUUCCUUGGGUUACUCCUAAACCCUCUAGGAUGGAAUGGAAUGGAUUCUUUCAGUUCUACAGAAAGUGUUUCUGUAGAAACAUUUACAAAUGGUACUACUUUAUUUAGCCCAAAAGGAUUAAUACAAUUUCCAGAAGUACCUCUUUACCCCAGAAGAUUUCUUACCUACCCUGUAUUAAACUAAAGGCCCUGUUUAAAACUUCUAAGAUUCUGUUAUGUGCACAGCCAGCAUUUGUUCAUGGAACCUCUAGGUCUGUAAGAGAUAAUACUUUGGGGAUAUGUUUUGUUUCAUGAAAUUUCAGUGUCUUUAACCCUUAUUUUAACCCAUAUGCUUUUAAGGCUAAGCUAAGUAUUAUAAAACUGAUAAGAAACCAGGAAGCUAAAAACAGAUCUAAGAAAGAAACUAGAAAAAAGGAAAAUUAGUUUUUCAGAAGUAUAAUUCUAAGAUGUUGGUUCAUCUUCCUCACUCAGACAUCUUAAAUAUAGGUAUUCUCCAGAGUUCUGGCACCUUCCCUCUUCCUUUCUCUAUCUCAGCAUCCAUUUUGCUUUUUUCCCUUUAAAAACUAAUACAAGCUUAAUGAAGAAAUUUUGGGAAAACAAAAAGUGCAAAGAAAAAAAAACUCACUCUACAACUUACGGAUAACAAUGUUAAUACUUCUAUAUAUCCUAUUAGUUUUUACAUGUAUAUAUGUACGUUUUUCUUCUCAAGAAUACUGUAUUAUCCAUACUUAUUCUUCACAUUGUAAAUAUUUUUUCUAUUUCAGUGAAUAUUCUCUUACGAAAUUAUUUUUAAUGGCUGCAGAGUGUUCCUUGUCUGUAUCAUAAUUUAUUUGUUAUUUCUUAUUGUUUAGUGUUUAAGUUAUUCCAAUAAAUGGAUGAUGCACAUUUCUGUUUUUUUCUCUAGAAUUGUAGUUCUUACUCAACAAAUAAUUAUAUAUUAAAGUUUUUGAUGCAUACAUACAGUCUUAGUUAACUAAUCAGGGUAAUGGAGAAAGAAUGAAGUCAAACAGCCCAAACCAAAGUUCAGACAAAAUCACAGUCAACUCUCCUUUACCCUGGUGCAGAUUAACGGCAGAUAAGACACUGCAGGGACCUGCAACUACUCUUGCUCUGCAGUUAGGCCAAUGCUUAUUCAAGCUAAUUGCUGGCCUUCUCAUCCCAGGGACUAGAGAAGAAGAGCAAAACUUUGAGAAAGAGAUAGCUACUGGAGGAAGGGUGCUGGUGAAGAGUAUGGGGGAAUGAUAGCAAAUCUAUGCAUUUGGUACAGGAUGUCAAGUGGUUGACUGAAUCAUCUAAUUGCCCUCCAGAAAGCUUGAAGAUGAGAGAAGAGUUUUAAGAAGGAGUAAAUAGGAAGCUCAUUCAUAAUGGUCUAUACUCUCCUCUGCUGAGAGGAAAAACAAGUUCUAGGACUUCUAUGAUAAAUGAUCACAUUCUUGAGUCAGGCCAUUCUGAUUAUGACUGUAUUCCCACCGCUCAUACAGUAACCUAUUAGUGCUACCAUUUGACCUCUGCCAGUUGAUGUGAGGAUCCAGUAUGGAGUUGCUUAUGUCAGGCUUGCCUGCUUUUGCACUGACUGCCUCUGUAAAGAUGCCCCAACCUAAGAGGUAUCUGGUUGAACGUUCUGGUGGACGCCAGACUGGAUAACACCACAUGUGGACUGUCCCCUCUUAUCUCCGACCCCUGGCUGGCUGGACGGACUAUAUAAGGGACUGGACACAGAGCCCCUGGGGCAAGCUCGUCCCAGAGGUCCCGGACACCAGACCACAGACGUGUGCUCCAGGGCUUUCCUGCACAUCUGCCAGCGCUCCUGCUCCGUCAGGGAUUCCUCACUCCACCGGAACUGUCUCUGCUGCAUCACCUUCCCCCUGGGAAAGGCGAGAGGCUGAUUGGGACAGCCCGGAUCCAAACCAUCCAUCGU